UCCUUCAACUGUGAUGUCGACAAACUCCACGUCUUAUGUUAUCGUGUCAGCAAUGAGUAUAAUUCUGUUGUAAGGUUAUUGCUCAUAACUGUUAGUCUAUAUAGCUUGGCACAAACAUAAUUCCAGUGUAUACUGCGAGCUUUACAGGGAUUGAAGGAAAACUGCUAUAAAACAUCUGUCCCACAUGGAAGACUACAAAUAUCUGUUUAAGGUUGUUCUCAUUGGUAAUGCUGGCGUUGGCAAAACAUGCUUAGUACGGAGAUUUACUCAGGGUUUGUUUCCCCCUGGACAGGGUGCCACCAUUGGGGUGGACUUCAUGAUAAAAACAGUGGAAGUGGAAGGAGAGAAAGUCAAGCUGCAGAUCUGGGACACUGCAGGCCAGGAGAGAUUCCGCUCCAUCACCCAGAGUUACUAUCAUUCCGCCAAUGCUCUUAUUCUGGUGUAUGACGUCUGCUGUCAGACAUCGUUUGAGAGUUUGCCUCAGUGGCUGCGAGAGAUUGAGAUGUAUGCCAGUACUAAAGUCCUUGCUUAUCUAGUCGGCAACAAGACAGAUCAGAUAAACAAGAGAGAACUACCUACACACGUUGGCCAACAGUUUUCCGAGAGAUAUGAGAUGAAAUUCAUGGAAACAUCUGCCAAAGAAGCUGAUAAUGUGGAGAAGUUGUUCAUGGACAUUGCCAGAGAUUUGACAAAACAAGCCCGUGAACACGACCUGAAGCCAGAGGUCCAUAAACCCUUCCCUUCAGGAGGUUCUACACCAAUAUCAACCUUCAGCUGCUGCAAGAUCUGAACACCCUCUCCAGCAUAGUGGACUCUGCCUUUACUGUAGGUGGAACAUACCAUUGUGAGCAUAUGGGGUGAUUUACAGGUGCAAGGUACUCACAGCUUAUGUUAGAACAGGAAGCUUUGUGCUAAGAAUUUCAUUAUAUCAUGUGACAGAUUAGGUGGUUAUGGUACAGAGAAAUGUUUGGCCUGUAUCUGUGAUUAUUAUAUAAUGCACAUAUUUACGCCAUAUUCAUUGGCUGAGAAACAGCAUGUUGACAUGUUGACUCCAAGUCAUGUCUGAUGAUUUACCGUGUUGAUGGUGAUGAUAAAAAUAGCAUGGGAAUUACCCAACAGUGGUAUUCCCAGACUUAAGCCUGUCAGAUGUCUUGAACUUUUGUCUCUUUAUUACAUAAAAAUGCUGAAAUAUAUUUACCUUCAGAACAUUCUUUACUUAAUUUUGAACAGUUUCUACUUUGUAAUAUCAAACUACUUGAGAGAGGUUACUAACUGUAGGGUAUAGACCGUUACCAUGGCAAGGAGAGUCCCUCUCUUUCUUCCAGGGAUUCAUAUGCAUUUAAUAACAGAUGAUUUAUGAAAAAAGAAUAUAUGUUAGAAAAUGAAUUCACUGAUAGAAGUCUGUUUAUGUAUUUUAUCAUGAGAAUCGGUUGACUUGUUGCUUCAAAUCGACCCAACAUAAGAGUUAAUCCGAGUAUUUUCAACACAAAUUGAGUGAAAUACACAAAAUUUCUGCAUCGGGGAAACCCAGAAUAAUGGCCCGAUGUGGCUAUGAAUCUGUUUCCAAGGUUACCUCUUUCCUUCUAAUAUGUCACAUGUCUUUGUCCCUGUGAGAGCUAAACCCUGGUGAUAACGUGACUGUGUUCUAGUCGGUGCUGCCUGCAGGAAGAUGUUGUGGUCAAACGUUUAUUUUUUAACACCCAGUCUUUAAAAAGACUUCCCUCACAGCAAAAGCUUUCCUGUAAUGUUCGAAACACAUCUGUAAUUUUUGCAUAGUUUCACGUUUAGACGCAAAUUGUCUUUAAGUGUAUGUAUCUUUUUGUAUAAGAUUUUGAACCAUGUUGUCAGAAGGUGAAUGUCUUUUGAAAGUUUCAAGCUUCCAAGUCAUGUUUAGAUUUACAAAUGUAUGUUAAUUGUAAACAUGUUAUGAAUGAAGUGCAUUGUAUUACUGUUUAUUUGAAUUUUUUGUAAACCGACAGUAUUGAUUGUGGUGUUAAUAUCCCAUCCAGCUUAUUGCCGAUGUGACGUUAAAUAGUAACUCACUCACUCACUCCCACCGAGCUGGGGAAUAUUACUUGUUGUAUGCAGUAUUCCUGGCAGUAGCAUUGGUAUGUGUGUUUAAACAUGUUACUAUGGUGAUACAUCAGUUUAUGAGGGUCUUUGUGAGCACUAUGAUGUAGAAAAAUUAUUGAAACCCGAGUCUCACACAACCUUUUAUUGUUAUUACUGUUAAUUAGAAUAUUGUUUCUAUUUAAUUAUGUUUUCCAAAUAUUAAUGUUACCUAGUCAGAUAUGAAACAGAUCUUGAUUAAUUAUACAUGUUCUUGGCCUGCUUGUGCAAUGUUAUUGUUUGCAAUUUCAUAAGUUGGACCUGUAACCUGUUUAACACUUGAGUAUUUAACAGUGUUUGCUCAUCCUCAAAGAAUACUCAUUUUGAAAAAGUGAUCAAAUAUGCAUGUCUUUUUUUUGGUAUGGUUUUUACAUAUUACUUCUCUUUUUUAAGCAAAAAAAUCAAACAUACCUUUGAGAAUCCAUGAUAUAAUGGAUCUUGUGGAUGCAUACAAAUUGAUAGUGUGAUAGGGCUGGGACGAUACACUAUGUGACGAUACGAUACAUAUCACAAUAUUUUACUUGUGAUACGAUCCGUAUCACAAUACAUACUCCUUGAAAGAAU